AUGAGUCGGUCUCAUAGUCUGACAGGGUUACAGAUUUUGAAUCUGGGGCUGCCAAAGUCUCAGGUGCGGUUGGUACCUGGUACUGGAGUCAGUCUGUCCAUCGGCGAUGCCUUCAUUAAUCUGCACGGCAACUGGAGAGUAAAAUACCUCAGGAUCAUACAGGACAGCGGCUCCUUUGAUUUGGCUGUGAGUGGACUGUCCAUCUCCACCACCAUCAACCGGCCGAUGGUCAGUGGUGUCAACUGUCAGGCCGUUGUUGGCAGUGCCAAGAUCAGGUUUCAUGGGGGCACCAGCUGGCUGUACAACCUGUUUAGCAAAUUUGUUGACCAGGCUCUGUGCAGCACCCUGCAGAAACAGAUCUGUCCUCUGGUGGACGAGGCCAUAGAUGAUAUGAAUCCCCAUCUGAAAACUCUAAAUGUUUUGGCCCAAGUCGACAAGUAUGCCGAGAUCGAAUAUUCCAUGGUGGAGUCCCCUGUCGUGUCUAAUUCCAACAUUGAUCUCAGUUUAAAGGGGGAGUUCUACAACAUCGGGCAGCAUAAGGAGCCUCCUUUCUCCCCCAACCCUUUCUCCCUGCCCCCUCAAGAUAGCAACAUGCUGUACAUCGGACUGUCCGCCUUCACCAUCAACUCAGCAGGCUUCGUUUACAACAGCGCCGGAGCCCUCAGCCUCUACAUUACAGACGACAUGAUACCGAGUUCCCCCAUUCGACUGAGCACUAGGACCUUUGGAGCCUUCAUUCCGCAGAUUGCUAAGCAGUACCCAGGCCUCAUGAUGAAGCUCCUGGUGAAGACGGUGAAGGAACCAACCAUCACAUUUGAGCCUGACAAUGUGACUUUGCAAGUUCAGAGUGCAGUCACAGCUUAUGCUAUUCAGCCCAAGAGUACACUGUCUCCUCUCUUUGUCCUUAACCUGAAUGCUAGUGUGAGUGCUAAGAUUUAUGUGGAGGGCGUUAAAGUGGCUGGAACUCUGACCCUUAACGAAAUUGACAUGGCCUUAGCAAAAAGCUAUGUGGGACCGUUCGAUGUGAGAUCACUUAACAACAUCAUCCUGAUGGUUUUGAAAAUCAUGGUUAUACCCAAGGUUAAUGCCCGCUUAGAGGAAGGUUUCCCUCUACCUGCCAUUGGAAAGAUGAACCUGGUAAACACUCAGCUUCAAAUUCUGAAGGGUUACAUGUUGAUCGGGACAGACAUUCAAUUCACAGCCUGAGCCUUACUUGAAGCCUGCAAUCUUUAAACUGCCAACGCUGCAUGACUUUCUCAAAUGACUUUGCAAAAGCGUGGAAGAUGUGAUUUGCCAGUGAAGG